AUGGCAAAAACACCAAAUGGACUACCCAAGAGGGGAGUGUCCAAUAACCAAGGCCCAGCAGAGAUCACCGUCGAGUCAUUGCAACUGCACCUUAAACCGAAUAACUCACCCCAAUUCAUCUCGAAGGGUCUCCACCAGCUGCGUCAAGUCGCUCAAUCUGCUGCUUCACAAACUUCGUCCAAAGGACAGGCGAACUUACAGGUUCUUACGGCGUAUCUUGAGGCGUCGGAGGGGUUGAAGGAUGUCUUUACGAUCUGGACGAAUGCGCAGCAGUAUGCACACCAAGCGCUGUACUCAUUGUGCCCGCUCGCCGUCACAGCAAUCCUGAAAGCUUUCUCAAAGGUUGCGAGUACGCAGAGUCAUGGUACAGCUAUUAUCAGAGAAGUCAUCGCUACGCACAUGAAGUCCAUUUACCGCAACAUCACGUCAAAUCGACCAGCGCUCAUGGUUCCGACACUCAAGCUCUUGACAGAGAUGUCUGGGUAUGGAGGUGGGAUUUUGAUUGUGGAGGUGUAUGGCGCGUUCGAUCUGGGGUUGAAGAGUUUGUCGAAGUUGCUGAAUAUGAGGAAGGCGGAUACGGAGGAUAAGGAUGAACGACAACAUUCUACGAGUGAGGAGGAUGAGCCGUCACGGAAGAGGAAGAGGACGGAUCAGGAGCGUCCGAAGAGGGCGCCGGCGGAUGUGAGGACGAUGUUUACGAGGCUGCUGUUGGCGUAUUUGAGGCUUACGCCUAAGUCUAUCAAGACUGAGGUUUUGGCACAGAGGACGAUUAUGUCCGCGCUCUUCAAAGGGCUGUAUAUGGAUGAGCCGGAGCUUGUGAGGGAUGUACUGGAGUGUUUCGCGACGAACGUGGUUCUCGACAAGGAAGUUCCCAAGAACAUCAAAGUCGGCUUCUUCAAUGAGUGGAUGUUGGGACAGGUUGUACAGUUGUAUGGACGUGUCGAGGGUGUACAGAAUGCGGAUGGGAGCGUGACGACUGUCCCGGACAUGGCGCACCAGUUUUUGAUGUUGUUGUGUACGAAACCUGGUGUUGGAGUUUGUUUCGAGGAUGCGGGGUGGUAUACCCCUUCUCUGGCUUCCGACUCGACAACGUCAGGGAAGCGAGUGUUGAAGCUUCAUAACAAGAUUCUCUCCGGUUUUGUGCUUUCUCUGCGGCCGAGUGACGAUGUCCUGCAGCAGGAUUUGUUGUUGGAGAUGUUUAGGGUAUGUCCGGAGUUGGUCGCGCAUUGGACCCUGAACACUAUGAUCUCGUUCGAACCUAAGUUGAGUUCGGGAUGGAUUGCUGGUGCGUCCCUAUUGGCUGCUAUCGUCGAUUUGCCGAUUCCACAGACUGGGACGGGUGUCGAGGAGGGGUUGUUGCCUGAUCUCGGGAGAGUGGUGGAGAACGUCCUUCCAGCACCUUUGACGAAAGCGGUUUUAACGAAGGCUCUGGGCCAUGAGUCGAGUCUUGUGAGAUGCUUUGCGGCGAGGAUGUUGACGGGUUCAUUGAGGAAGUUGCAGAGGGUUAUGGUGUACUACAAUGAACGCUUCUCUGGGUCCAAGGGCUGGAGAGACUUUGAGUAUGAACUCGUGGAAACAGUUUCGAGACGUGUGCCUGAUGUGCAGACGGUGUUGCAGAUGCUCAAGACCACGAGCGGAUCAGGAUCGGCGAGUUUGUUGAUGGAGAGUGUUUUGAGGCUAUUUGCUGCAUAUCUCGAGGUUCUGCCCGAUUUUGCACUGGCGACAAAGAUGGAUGUCGGUAUCAAUGCCGUCAGGGAAAUGUUGAAUGAGGAACGGAGCACGCCGUUGUAUGUCGUCCAGCAACUCCAUGCUCUCAACGUCCUCAGCCGCGUCCCCGAUUUAAAGUGGUGGUCCAAAUCAGGUUCAUCGCAGAGUAUCUUCGCUCUGUUGAUCAAGAUCUAUCUCGGGAUUCCUCACGAACAGGUGAAGGAUCUCAUUGCGGGUAUCUUGAGACAGUUGGUCGGUGCGACGAUGGUGUUCCAGACUAUGACGGUUAUGCAGCCGCUCGAUGCAUUACUGGAGACGCUCGCGAAGGUGAAGGAUGGGAAGGGUAAGGAUGCUGUUGUUGCGUAUGUCGAGGACUGUGUUGCGAGAUGUAUGCAGAAGCCGUAUCAGUAUCUCGAUGAAGCUGCGAAGCUUACUGUUGAGGCGUUGAAGAGCGCUGAGAGCAAAGCACAGGAAGGAGCGUUGGCCAAAUUAGUUAGAAGGGAUAAGGAGAGGGGCGUAUGCACGAGUCCGUUGGUUGUGACAUUGUUUGACCAGUUUGGGUUCCUGAGGAAGAAUGAAGGAGUCAAGAGUGAGGAGAAGGGCGCAGUUUCUGGAUUCGUGGCCACAUAUGUGCAGAAGUUGGUUCUCUUGGGUGAGAAUGUGGAUGUUGCAAUGGUGUUGUGUGAGCGGACGCUUGGGGGUGAUGAGUGGACGGGUGUCUUUGAGACGGCCCUGAAGGGUUUGAAGGAAGUGGGUGUCAAGGAGUCGCCAACAAACGGUGCGGGUGCACAGGAUUCGGAGGAUUUGGGUAUGCUACAGGCGAUCAUUGCUAAGACUACGGUUUAUGGCGGGGACGUCAAGCCUGCGUUUACAUCGCUUGCUCGCCGCCUACAUGCUUUAAGAGCAUACCCUGCCAAGUUCAAGGAAGCGAAAACUGCGUUGGUGUCUGAUCACUACUUCUCCGAGCUAUUCUUAUCGACGGCCGCACCAGGUAGUCCGGCCUUCUCGACUGAGCUUGUUGAUGUGCUGAAAGAGUUCUACAGCGAGAGUGACCGUGAGGUCCUGCAGUCAUUGUUUGCGACUAUGGAAAGGCUGGCUGGAAGCGUGUGGUCUGGCGAGACAGUUGUGUAUGGUGCUGAGCAGAUGAGAUACAUCCUCAGUGCUACUACUCAUAUUUGGACCACGAAGCAAAGAGCGGGAUUAUUGAAGUUGGCUGUGGCAAGAAUUGAUGCAACUGCAGUUGAGGAUGCUCAUUUGGAGUUUGCCGGCACGCUGCUUCAGUUCAACGACUAUAGCAAGACCGUGUCUGCGUCCGAGGUGAAUGUCCUGGUCAAGUUUGCUGGACAAGGUUCGGCUAGCUAUAUCUCGGCAUUGGCGGAAUAUUAUGUCUCGUGGUCUGCGGCUGCCUCAUCCGAUGCUUUGCAACAAAUUGAAGUCCCUGGCGACCUUUUGACGGCACUCGAUGAAAGCAAGACUGCCUUGGUCAAGGCCCUUUUGAGAGGACGUAAGGACAAGCACGAGGAGUUGUCCACCUCAAUUACGCAGAAUGGAAUGGACGCCACCAACAAGCAUCUUCUUGCCGUGUUUGAGACUGUGCUUGACGAUGCCUCUGUGAACACCAAUGAAUCUGCGGUGCGAUACAGUUGGGUCGAAAGUAUUUCUCCCGCACUGAAGGCGGCUUUGGAGAAGGUUGUUCGUGCUUCCGUCGACCAUUUGUUCGACGCGUUCUUGGCGGGCAACACUGAUGAGCAAGAUUGUCAUGUUCUGUGCAAGGCUAUUGAUCUUUCACCUUCCCUUGACCGGGUUGAGAAGAUCAAGUUGGUCUUGGGCCAGGACAGACCAAGUUUGUUGACUGCAAGCUUUGUCAAGGUCCUACGGGCUUUGCGGGAGGGCGUUAUUGAGCGUGACGUCCGGUCGUCAUUGGCUGGUUGGUACAACACUGUCGCCAAACGCUUAACUCGUCGCUUCGCCGAGGAUGAUGUCUUGUCUGACGAAGUUCUCGACUUUCUUACGGAGAUGGACAUCUUCCUUCGCGGUACCAAGGUUCCCUUUGCAUCUACCAUCCAUCGUGGUUUGCUCGAUCCCGUUGUUGAGGCUGGUUUGAGGAAUCACAUCACCGUCCUUCCCGUGAUGAAAUUCUUGACAACCGUGGUUUUCGAUGCUUCACUCGACAUGCUUACGGUGACGAGGGCUUCUGCCAUUGUCCUCAACAAUGCCAGGAGCCCACUUUCUGUGUCUGGUACUGGUCAGGAGCAGGCCAUCGAAGAAGCAUUGAAGCAGGAAACCGCGUUGCUCUUGCACCGCCUCUUUGUGUUGGAUCCUCUUAGGCUUUACAACGCAGCAGUGGUUGACAACCUCUUGCGGAUGUACAAGGGAUCUACCUCAUUCAUGGAUAUGCUCAUUUUGGAUAUUUUGAUGGGCUAUGAGCAGGAGCAGGCGCAGAGCAUCACUGCCCGCUUUGGAGAAUGGGUUGUUACUGAGUUGGAAUCGGAGACUUUUACCGACGGUGCUACUCAGACGGCGCCCAGGGUGGUUAUCUGCGAAGAGACGGCGUUGCGGAGUAUCCUUAACUUCCCGAUUCAGAUUGACCGUCCUUCGAAGGAUAAUAUGCAGUCACGAGCUGAUUGUGAGAGGUUUGUGGAGAAGUCGCGUCAGCAGACUUCGGAGAUCAUCUAUGAUCCUCUGUUCAUGUUGCCCGUCAUUGCGUCAUACAUGAGGAAAGCCGAGCAGUCCUUGGAGCUGAGACGCCUUGUAGAAAGUCAUGCCUACGGUUACGUUGUUGCUGCUUUAUCUUCCAGCGAGGCUUCGGUACGUUCCAUGGCUUUGCACAUCCUCGCAGACUUCGAUGGACGCCUUGACGAUGCGAUGAUUCGCGAAAGACACCAACUCAAGGUCCUUUUGUCAUCUCUUAAGAACGCUCUCCCUGAGGUUGAGGACGAGCCCGUCCAGCUCGCUUCUGUGGUCGCUGUCUUCCUUGCGCUGUCCGUCCAGAUCGUCGCCAACCCAGGCCACUUCCUCUACGAGAAGUUGAACCGCUUCCUCUUGCAGAGACCUGCCCUUGAUCUUGACGAUAUCCCGAUGUUCUACACUUUGAUGAACUCGGCGGAUAAUUACCAGAAGGAGGUCAACUGGCUUCUGAGGGUGUUGGUAGCAGGGUUGAAGACCAGCAAGGACUUCUACCUUUACCGCCGCCGCCAUGUCAUUGAGCUCUGUCUUGGUUUGUACAGAUCGUCUGUGAUUACGCAGGUUACAAAGACUCGUGUGCUGGAGUUGUUAUGGACUGCAGCGGGCAUUCCCGGAGUUAAUACAUCUCUUGUUACGAAGUUCGGAGCCCUGGGGUGGUUGCAGCAGCAUGAAGCAUUUGAGGAUGAGACUCAGGAGUCGUCGCAGGACCUUAUGUGGUCUAGACUUGGUACGAGGUUGGUGGUUGCGUCUGAUAAAGAUCAGCUAUCUCGAUGGUCUCGAAUCGGCGUUCGUUCGAUCCUUCAGGCAUUCGAACCAACGAUUAUAUAA